GUGUCUUCAGAGGGGACGGAUCGCCGAGCAACUCACGUCUGAGUUGGUUGUCCAAAAAUAUAUAUAGACAACAAAUAUAUAUCAAAAAUAGACACAGAACACUUACUUAUUCAAAAGAAAAUAUUCAAAAUUAACUAAUAGAAAUAGAUUAAAUGCAUUUUUGGUUGGCUGUUCUGGUACUUCUGUGGUCACGUGCAGUCCAUGGCUACGGCAGCAAUCCCUAUGCAGUUUCCAAUAGACAGGCCAUACGCAUCGGUCUAAUUACUGACGAUACCACGGAUAGAAUACGCCAAACUUUCGAGCAUGCCAUAGCCGUGGUUAACAGCGACCUGAGCGUCCCACUGGUGGGUGAAACAGAGCAAGUGGCUUAUGGGAACUCUGUGCAUGCUUUUGAGCAACUAUGCAGACUAAUGCAGAAUGGGGUGGGCGCCGUAUUUGGACCUGCUGCCAGGCAUACUGCUGCCCAUCUACUGAAUGCCUGCGAUGCCAAAGAUGUGCCCUUCAUAUAUCCGCACCUGUCAUUGAGUCCACAAACCGAUGGCUUUAACCUGUAUCCGCAUCCGGAGGACAUUGCCCAUGCUCUCUUCGACAUCAUCACUAAGUUCGGAUGGUCCCGCUUCAUUUUCUGCUACGAGUCCUCGGAAUACCUCACCAUACUGGAUCACCUAAUGACAUUGUAUGGCACCAAAGGACCAGUCAUCAAAGUGAUGCGUUACGAUCUCAAUCUCAAUGGCAACUACAAGGCGGUACUGCGACGCAUCCGCAAAUCGGAGGAUAGUCGCAUCGUGGUUGUGGGCUCAACGGAGGGCGUGGCCGAGCUGCUGCGUCAGGCACAGCAGGUGGGCAUCAUGAAUGAGGAUUACACAUAUUUGGUGGGGAAUCUAGAUCUGCACACCUAUGAACUGGAGGAGUACAAAUACAGUGAGGCAAAUAUAACUGGCAUACGCAUGUUUGACCCAGAUAAGAAAGAGGUGCGUGACUUAGUCGAAACACUGCAACACGAGAUAGGCGAAAGUGAGCCCAUGAACAAUGGCUCUUCCACCAUAACGUUGGCCAUGGCUCUAACCUAUGAUGCAGUGCGCGUCAUUGCCGAAACCACCAACUUUUUGCCCUACCAGCCGCAGCAGCUAAAUUGCUCUGAGCAUCAUGAUAAUGUUCAGCCGGAUGGCUCCACAUUUAAGAACUAUAUGCGAUCGCUGGACAUUUUGGACAAAACAAUCACGGGACGCAUAUUUUUUCAAGGCAAUAUGCGUAAGAGAUUCAGCUUCGAUGUGAUCGAGCUGCAGCCCGUGGGUCUGGUGAAGGUGGGCACCUGGGAGGAGGGGAAAGACUUUGAAUUUAAGCGACCACCACCAAUAAUAGAUCUUAAUGAGAACGAGGAAAAUACUUUGGUGAAUAAAACCUUUAAAGUGCUUAUUUCUGUCCCGAACAAACCCUAUGCUAGUCUGGUGGAGAGCAUUAAUACUCUGAUUGGCAAUGAUCAGUAUGAGGGCUAUGGCAUAGAUCUAAUUAAGGAGCUGGCUGAUAAACUUGGCUUCAACUUUACCUUUCACAAUGGUGGCAACGAUUAUGGCUCCUUCAAUAAGAGCACAAACAUGACAACAGGAAUGCUCAAGGAAAUCGUUGAGGGCCAUGCAGACUUGGCCAUCACAGACUUGACUAUCACUUCAGAAAGAGAGGAAGCCAUCGACUUCUCCAUACCAUUUAUGAACCUAGGUAUUGCCAUUUUAUAUAUAAAACCCCAAAAGGCGGAGCCCGAGAUCUUUUCAUUCAUGGACCCAUUUUCUAAGGAGGUUUGGCUGUACCUGGGCAUAGCGUACUUAGGCGUGUCGCUGUGUCUGUUUGUGCUGGGCCGCCUCUCCCCUUCCGAAUGGGAUAAUCCGUAUCCCUGUAUUGAAGAACCGGAAGAACUAGAGAAUCAAUUCACCAUAAACAAUUCACUGUGGUUCACUACAGGCGCAUUGCUUCAGCAAGGCUCCGAAAUCGCACCUAAAGCCCUGAGCACACGCACAAUAUCAGCUAUUUGGUGGUUUUUUACGCUGAUCAUGGUAUCCUCAUACACUGCGAACUUAGCUGCGUUUCUGACCAUAGAAAACCCGUCCAGUUCAAUUAACAGCGUUGAAGAUCUAGCAGAGAAUAAAGACGAUGUUCAAUAUGGUGCAAAGCGCACCGGCUCGACGAGAAAUUUUUUCUUGACGUCCGAAGACCCGAUCUACAUGAAAAUGAAUACCUACAUGACCAAUCAUCCAGAGAUGCUUACUGAAACCAAUCAAGCGGGUGUCGAUAAAGUCAAGGCGGGUACAAAAUAUGCUUUUCUCAUGGAAUCAACGUCUAUAGAGUAUAAUACGGUGAGGGAAUGUACUCUGAAAAAGAUUGGCGAGGCGCUGGAUGAGAAGGGUUAUGGCAUUGCAAUGCCCAAGAACUGGCCCUAUCGCGAUAAAUUCAACAAUGCGCUACUCGAACUGCAGGAACAGGGCGUCUUGGCUAGGUUAAAGAACAAAUGGUGGAAUGAAAUAGGCGCCGGUGUUUGCAGCGACAAGAGCGACGACGAGGGCUCUUCUGCAUUGGGCAUGAAAAAUUUAAGUGGCAUUUACGCUGUGCUUAUCGUUGGUUCAUUGUUUUCCUUUAUAAUCUCCUUUUUCUACUGGUGUUUGUUUGUCUUCAAGAAAGCCAAGUUCUAUGAGGUGCCCUUCUGCGAUGCGCUUGCUGAGGAGUUUAAAAUUGUUGUCAGUUUUGCGGAAAAUGAACGAGCUUUGAAGAGCGCCCAGUCGGUCUAUUCACGAAGUCGGAAUUCCUCACAGUCCAUAGACUCUCUGGAAACUGAUUCGGAGAAUAAUCUACCCGAUGAAGACUAAGAUCAGACUAAAAUUUUAAUUAAAAGAAUUCAAACUAUAUACUUAAUUAUUUUGUAAAUUGUCUCACUUGAUAAUAUCGUAAUAAUGA